AUGGCUGCUCCGUUCCAACCCCCCCAGACGGCUCCUGUUGGCCCGGAAACUCUGAUUUCCAUCAAAGUCCUCUUCAAGGGCUACACGAGACGUUUCAAGCUACCCUUGCGAGAGCUUGGUGCUUCCUCCUUGCCACAGAAGGUUCGCCAACUGCUAACUAUCCCUGACGAUGCCAACGUCACCCUCGAACGUUAUUCGGAUAGUGCUGGCUCCUACGUAGUCCUUGACAGCGAGAAUAUUUCUGUAUACAAGCAGCUGUAUCGUGCAGCUAAAGCUAAAUUGAAGCUUCGAAUUAAGGUAACUCUGGCUCCAGAGCCAGCGCCUGAACCUCAACCCUUAUCUGUGCCUCCCCAGAGCACAGAUGCCCAGCAAGAACAACCCCAGCAGCGAUGCAGCUACCUCGAAACCGUUCUUCGUGUCCCGACCGAUGGGUUCGUCAACCAGAAUGAUUAUCCUGCUUCUGGAUCUUCUCCACCCCCUCCCUUAAACCCUGCCAUGUUCCCGAGCGUUCCAGACGAUAGCCCAGCUGGGGUCGACAACCAGAUACCUCCCCAGGCAGAACCCCAACGAGAUACGGACCUCGUGCAAUCAAAUCCCGUGUCCACAGCUGGAGAUAUGUGUGCUGCUGGUCCCAAUCUCAAUCAGUUGUCGCCCAUUUGCAUCGACUGCAAUCACUGUGGCGAACGUGUGCCUGAUGCCCACUAUCAUUGCAGUAUCUGUGAUGAUGGGGAUUAUGAUCUAUGCCAGAAAUGCAUCGAUGCAGGUGUCCUCUGCCCAGGGGAGGGGCAUUGGUUAAUCAAACGGACCGUCAACGACGGAAGAAUUAAUUAUAGCGUUACCGAGACUAUUGCCCCGCGAAAGUACCACGAGCCAGAACCUCAAGAGGAGCUCAACAAUACGGAAAAACACAUCACUUCUAUGGAGGUUGACGAGAUGAGGGUUAGAGCGCGGACCUGCAAUGCAUGCUUCAGAGACUUCAAUGAGAAAGAACUUGUUACCUGCCAGGAUUGCCCAGACUAUGACCUCUGCUUCACUUGUCUUCUUGAGGACAGGCAUGGUCACCAUCCUGGACAUUCCUUCUCCCUUAUUGUAGAUGGCGAGUUCCAGUCGAAGGGCCUCGUCAUGUCGACCUGCCAGCCUGGGCGUGGUCGUUACCACGCUGCAAUCUGCGAUGGAUGCAACAAGGUGAGCUUUUGCGCCCCAAACUGCCUUAUUGUUGAAUUCGACGGUUCUAAUGCCAUGCAGUCUAUCAAAGGCGUCCGCCAUAAGUGUCUUAAUUGUCCGGACUGGGAUUAUUGUUCAAAGUGUAUCAUGAAUGCUCCGGAAUUCCACCCUGGUCACCGCUUUGCUCCACUCUAUACACCGAUUCCCGAGCCACACGAUUACCGCCCAACUCACUACGGCGUUAUCUGUGAUGGUCCUCUUUGCUCUGUGUCUUCUAAGCCUGUUUAUAUCAGAGGAAUCCGCUAUAAGUGUGCCGUUUGCCAUGACACAGAUUUCUGUGGAAAUUGUGAAGCCCAUCCUGACAAUACUCACAACCGCACACAUCCUUUGAUUAAGUUCAAGACGCCUGUUCGCAAUGCAACUGUCACUACCUUCAAUAACACCGGCGGUGGUGGGGAGAGUGCUGUUACUCUCGGUGAUCAACCAGUUACGAAAUCCACUUCAACUGAGACUGUUGCACCUUCGAAAUCGAAUGCUGCAACUCAGGUUCAGACAGAGAAGGCAGACACGGACGCUGCCAGUGUGGCUGACAGUGACGCUGCCAGUGAGGCAGAUUCCACCACUGCACAGCCAAGCGUUAAAGAUGAUGCUAUGACCAGCAGAGCAGAACUAAGCUCCACGCCUUCUGAACUUCGCGCUCUCUUCGUUCGAGACACCAUUCCUGAUGGGUCGCGUCUUGCUCCCAACAAGACCAUUACUCAAACAUGGACCCUGUACAAUCCUGGGCCUGCCCCCUGGCCAAAGGGAUGCAGCGUUCGCUUUGUUGGAGGGGAUAGCAUGUUCAACGUCGACACCAAUCAUCCAUCCAGUCUCAGCAACCUUGUGUCUGCGAUGGAAUCGCAAGAGCUUACGAUACACACUCCCGCAGGUGCCUUUGCUGACUUUACUAUCGAACUAAAGACGCCUCGGCGUGAGGGCCGGGCCAUUUCAUACUGGCGUCUCAAGACACCUGAUGGACGUGCUUUUGGGCACAAGCUAUGGUGUGAUAUCGACGUCCGAGCCUCUGCCGAGGAGAUGGAGACUCUUCCAGAGCAGACUGCAGAUAAUAAACAGUCCUCCGUCGAAACAGAGAAAUCAAGUGUCGAAUCGCGCACCGAAGCCGGAGAUGCUGAGGUUUCCCAGGGGGAGUCUCAGUCUGAGAGUGCAAUGAUAUUCCCCAAACUGGAGACAGAAUCCCCUUCAGCGAGUAUCGAAAAGUCCGUUUCUCCUAAAGUUCCCGCAGCCAACGAACUUGAAGUGAAUCAUGAUCUGGCAGAUGAUGUUGAGAGCCUCACGCUUGAUGGCAACUCGACUGAGGACGACUUCCUGACUGAUGAAGAAUAUGAUAUACUUGAUGCCAGCGAUCAGGAGUUUUCUCCCGAAGCUCAGAGGGCGGACAGGACAUGA